AUUAGGGCGUUUUGUUAUUAUGUUUGUGUGUGUUUGUGUGACAGUUGGAGCAGAUGAGGAAUGAGCUGAUGCAGGAGAGAGCCAGCAGACAGGAUGUGGAGUGUGACAAGAUCUCCCUGGAGAGACAGAAUAAAGAUCUGAAGAGCAGGAUUGCUUAUCUGGAAGGAUCUCACAAGCCUAGUAAGGAUGGACUGGUGUCCCAACUGGAAACCCGCAUCCAGGAACUGGAGGAGAGACUGGAAGGAGAAGAGAGGGAUCGAGCUAACCUGCAGCUGGCAAAUCGACGUCUUGAGCGGAAGGUGAAAGAAAUGAUGAUGCAGGUGGAUGAAGAGCAUCAUUCACUGCAGGAUCAGAAAGAUCAGCUGAACCUGCGUCUGAAGGCUCUGAAGAGGCAGAUGGAUGAGGCGGAGGAGGAGAUCGACCGACUGGAGCACAGCAAAAAGAAACUGCAGAGAGACCUGGAGGAGCAGCAGGAGGCCAACGAACAGCUCCAGAGUCAGCUCAAAACACUGCGCACUGAGAUGAGGCGUAAGAACAACUCUGCACAAGUCCUGAAUGCAGAUGAUGACGACGAUGAUGAUGACAUCAGCACUGAUGGCGAGACUUAUUUCAGCUCUUCCUCCGGCUACAAGCGCUCCAGCAGUCAGGAUGGCAUCAUCUCCAGUUUCUCAAUGUGAAAACCGUACCGCAAACUGCAAAGGAGGUAUAACGAAAUGCGGAGUUAUGAACUCCUUGCCACUAUUUCAUGAAACCAUGAGUCCACUCCUAAUGCCUUUUCCCCUCAUGAUGAUAUAUUUUUGCUAGAUUUUUGUACAAGUAAUAUUUUAUGUGCGCAGCCCUAUUAGAUACUGUAUAUCACUGUAUAUUUUCUUAAAAGACAGUGCGUGUCAAAUGUGUUUGUCUUGUGAAACAUCAUUCCACUGAAUCCACUGGCAUAAACAAAGCUAAAAUGAUCAUUUGACUAUCCGGAAUGUGAAGGACUGACAGAUCUGAAGACUAAUUCUACAAUAGCAAGGGAAGUAUGUAUGAGGGAAUUUUUAUAUGUAUCAAAACACAGUUAUGGCCAACAGAUUUUUUUACUGAAUGGACAAGCAGAUUUUUUGUACUAUUCAUAUCAAUGUAUUCAUAAGCUGCUUCCACUCCUGUACAAUUAAAACAAUCACAUUUAACAUUAUUCCAAACACAAGCGCCUUGAAAAUGUACAAAGAUGUUAAGCCGAAACUGAAACUGUACACCUGAAAUGUUACAUUGUAUCCACACAUUUAUGUUUCCAGGACUUUCAUUCCUUUCUGAAACACAAAACAGUGUUAUGGAUCAAACCAUAUGAGCCUGUAAUAUUGUAGAAAACAUUCCUUAUGCAAUACCUUGUAUAUUACUGUUCUGACAAUCACCCUUUAAACAACACUGUGAUGAUUUGCACUGUAUGUUGAAGUGAACUCUUUGUGUGUCCGGUGCUUAAAUGUUGUGUAAUGGAACAAUAGCACUAUUAUUAGUCAUUAGUGCAUUUUUUUUAAGGUUCAAAAUGAAUCCUGCCUCUACCUCUCUAUACACACACACACACACACACACACACACACACACACACACACA